AUGCGGCGGAAUCCAGCCCGCCUAACGCCGACCAAGGCACCUUCCCCAUCGACCGGCCCUACAUCUCAUAGUCGCAACCCAUCGCGUGCAGAGUCCUUGCUACAUAUCACCGCGACCAUUUCCGACACUUCGCCAACACAGGAUGGUGGUUUGAAUCUUGCAUCUGACGCAACAACCGAUGCAUCCCACACCGCACAGAGCAAUGCACGAAGACUGGAAGAGUUGAGAAAACAAAUGGAACAGACUUUAGUGAAUCAGCAAGCGCAACAUCAGAACAAUUCUGCGAAGAUCUCCAAGCCAGGAACCGAUGCAAGUCGAAGUUCCCAUCACAUGCAGGUCCCGUCUCCUGGCAGUGCUCCACGGACUGCAAUCAACUCGAAACCUCAUUCACCAUUCGAUGUUUCUGCUUCUCGUACUGGGUCUAACGGGUCUGCGACAACCGUCAAGGGUGCAAAUCUGACUAGUAGGACUCCAGACCUUCAUGCUCCCAAGACCCCGUCCUAUCCGUUCCCGCAAAUGCCAGUUUUACGGGGUCAGCAUGUAACAUCGGAUGCUCUACUACAAUCAGAUGUUGCGCAAAUUGCCAAUCCACGAAUGAAAGAAAAGUCGAAACGAACCGUCUCCAAGGCCCCAGGUACCAUCGAUAUGUCCCCUCCGAAGAUGAAGACCGGAUCCCACACUGCUUUCUUUAUACCCGAAAGCGCCGCGAUGUCCGAUGAUCCCAUGUAUCCGAGUCCCAACCUGUACGAUGUGAUUUUGAAACUUAAUUCUGAGCCGGGGCUGGAAUCUUGGUGGAACAAUGUGAUUGAUAUCUUUCAAACCCAUUACGGAAUCGAAAGAGCCUCCCUGGCAGUCCCUGGCGAUGCCACUGACCUAGAGAAUGUCCCGUGGGGCCAGAAAGCCAGUUUCAACCCUAACGAGCUCUUUGAAGUCACUAACCCUACAGCAUCAUCAUCAGACGCUACGACUGCCUUCAAUGAAGGCGCCGCCACACAGGAGGACGAUACCUCGUCGAAGAAUACGGGAAACACACCAACUCAGAAGAAACACUCGUCAUCCAAGAGACCGUCGUUACUAGCACGACACUCUUUCGCUGGGUUCACCAAGGAUAAGAAAAGUAUAAUCACUCCUCCUAUCAGUGUUACCGGUAAAUCCGCCUUUGAAAUCUCACCCGCAGCAUCAUCGGAUGGGAACACUACGAGUAGCAGUGCCGAAUCGCCGCCUUCGUCGGCUUCUUUUCCUGCCUCCCAAGACAACACCAUGAAGAUAGGACUAGGCCCAUCGGGCCUUCCUAUUUCUAGAGCUUCAUCUUCAAUGGUUGUCUUUGCUGUUCCCCGCGAUCUGGAAGCAGAGAACCAGCCUCUAGUCAAACGAACUGGCGUCGUCAAACUAUUUGGUCGAAGCAAGCCCGCCGUGUUGACUCGAGAAUAUGCAUUUGAUUCGGCAGUUCCUUCAUCCACCGAUCUCGAUGUGACAACCGCGGUACAUAGUCCAAGCGACGUGUUUCAAGCAACACCAGCGGCCGAACCAUCGCCUUCUUUUCAGCUAGAUCCGAUCAAAGUUGACAAGGACAAUACAAUGCCACCGCCCACUCAACGUCAGAGGUCUAAAUCGUCGGCGCACAAUCCAAAUGUUUUGCAGAACAAAAGAGACUCUCUCAGUCACUACGCAAUUCCGAUUUAUGAAGAAUACGAACAGGUUCCAAGCUCACCGUGGUCUCAGUCUCCUGCGCCAUCACCUGCGCCCCGAGUUCACCCAGAGCAGAAUCCAUUCUUUAUGAAUCAUGCAGUAGAUGAAGCAGCCUUUGCGCAAGAUCCGCCUUCACAUGACUACGCCCAAGUACAACCCGUUGCUGCAAUUGGAGUGGACAGAUCGAAGAGUGUCGUUCACGUUCCUUUAUUGCAUGCAAAUAGCACAAAGGAAUCCACUUGGGAAACGAUUCGCUUCCCUGUCGCUGUUCUUUCUUUUCUAUCUCCGGUCGUACCAUACCCGGCCAAUUUGAGGUCAUCUCUACUAUACUUGAUGCCUCAUCUCACCGCAUCAUAUUUAUUAGCACACCAAUACAGUCAACUCGAAAGACAACUAAUACCCGGAGUUUACAAGCCCCGCUUUGGACAUCUACUCGGCCUAGGCGGUACAUUCUCAGAUGCGAGCAGUGAGCUUGAAUUAGUCGCUGGCCUUAGCGGCCAAGCAAUGACGGAUGGCGGGUCUAUUUCAGCGCGUGCUAGCAUAUCCAGUCCUGACGAUAUGACUAACAAUUCGAAAUUCAGCCCCUCUCUUUCAAUAAUGGGUACACCUGGUAUGGACAAUAUGAGCACGGGUCCCUCCAGUGAACCGGGCACAACACCAGCAAUGGGACAGAACGUCGAUAAAAUUGAUGGAUACUUCAACCUUCAUCAAGUGCGAAGCUCUGCUGGUCCUUCUGGCACUCGAACCCGGGUGUCAAAAUCCAGACAGAACCUGUUCCCAUCGAUGCCAGUCUCGCCGAGCGUAUCUCGCUCAAAGUCCGCUCGUGAGGAAGAUUGGUCGAAUCGAGAUUCCAGUGCCACUGAUCAAUUCCAUGACAAUGGUCGUCCGACCCCAGCGUCUAUUCCCACCCGCAGCUCGUCUCGUAACACUUCGACCACGUCUGUGAUUGCACAUUUACAGCGGGAAGGCAUCUCAAUCUCUGAACAUAUAUUCCAAUUGAUGCUGAAUUCAGUGCCGCUGCAUCUGUUCUUAGCCAAAGCGCCAUCUGGUGAAGUGCUAUGGACCAAUUCCAAGUUUGACGCCUACCGUCGAACUCAGCCGCAAGACCAGUCCAUCAGAGAUCCUUGGCAGAAUAUACACCCCGACGAGGUGGAGUCCAUAUCGAGGCAGUGGCACAAGGCUCUCCAGACAGGCUCUCAGUUCACCGAAAGAGUUCGAGUCAAGCGCUUUGGAGACGAUAAUACUUACAGGUGGUUCAUCUUCCGCGCAAACCCGUUACUAUCCCAAACAGGGCAAGUUGUUUCGUGGAUCGGCUCUUUUCUUGACAUCCAUGAGCAACAUGUCUCUGAGCUGCAGGCCGCGCAAGAACGCGAGGUCUUCGCUACCAAUGUGAAAUACCGAGCCCUCGCUAACUCGAUUCCUCAAAUUGUUUUUGAAGCCACGGAGCUUCGAGGGUUGAUUUCGGCGAACGAACAGUGGCAUUUGUACACUGGGCAAACCACAGAAGAGGCGAUGAACUACGGUUUUACUGCGUAUAUCCAUCCUGAUGAUUUGGCAAAAUGCGGUGUCUUGUCUACGGAGAUCGUGAGAGUGAGAGCCACGAAUGACGUCACUGCUUCACAGCCUGAUGUUGCUCCUCUCAAGUUGUUUGCUAAUGGAGUAACGCCUGGUUUACUUGAUCUUGUUAACCAAGGAAUAGUCAACUCUCAACAGGAUGAGAAUGGUCGUAUCUUCUACACCACCGAGCUUCGAAUACGGUCCAAGGGCGGUGGCUAUCGCUGGCAUCUUGUCCGACUCGUCAAAGUGGAAGCGAGUAACUUUGGGGAUGGUGAGGCAUCGUGGUACGGUACUUGCACUGAUAUCAACGACCGGAAGCUUCUGGAGCGGGAGUUGAACAAGGCGAUGCAGAAGUUGAAUCGAGAGAUGGAAUCGAAGACAAAGUUUUUCAGCAACAUGUCUCAUGAGAUUAGAACGCCAUUGAACGGUAUACUCGGUACAAUUCCGUUCAUCCUAGACACGGCAUUGGACAAUGAGCAGCGUCGUAUGAUGGAUACGAUUCAAAACAGUUCUACUAACCUCCGUGAACUGGUUGACAAUAUCUUGGAUGUUUCACGCGUUGAAGCUGGAAAAAUGAAUAUGGUCAAGUCCUGGUUUCACCUUCGAUCUGUUCUGGAAGAUGUCAUUGAUACCGUUGCAUCCCGAGCCAUCGACAAAGGUCUCGAAAUCAAUUAUCUUAUGGAUACCGAUGUUCCCGACAUGGUCAUAGGUGAUAGAUUCCGCAUUCGACAAGUGCUCAUCAACCUCAUGGGAAAUGCCGUCAAAUUUACCGGCCAGGGAGAAAUAUACACUCGAUGCUCCGUUUACCGUGAGCCCGAAGUUCCACUCAGGGAUACCGAGCUCUUACUCAAUUUCGAGGUGGUCGAUACCGGAAAAGGCUUCAGUGACACAGACGCCGAACGACUGAUGCAACGAUUCAGUCAGCUUGGCGGAAAUGGAUCCCAGCAGAAUGCUGGCAGCGGGCUUGGUCUAUUCUUAUCGAAGCAAUUGGUUGAGAUGCACGGUGGUAAAUUGACACCUAGUAGCAGGAAAGGGCAAGGUGCCAAAUUCUCCUUUUACAUCAAGGUCGACGCACCUCCGCAGGUAUCAGAUCCCUCGUUGACGCGAAAUUCAUCCGACAUGUCCGAUACUGCAACAGCUACAUCUCAGGGAACCACGCAGCCCCGAAUCCCAUUGCAGUCGAAUAACUCCACCGAUUCCAGGAUUUUCAAUUUCCACGACAUGUCUCCUGCUCUUGACAUGUCUCCAAUGACAGAAGUUUCUGGUAGUCCGGAUCACUCCAUACGUCCCGCAUUCUACUAUCCAUCUGGCUCGGCACUCUCUUCUGCAGUACCUACUCCUGAUUCUUCUGCUCCUACCGAGUCAGCUCCGAAAGUCGGUCCAUCGCCACUAGCUGGGGAGUUCUUCACGGCGGAAGCCACCGAAAUCAGUGAGCCAUUGGUACAGUCUACGCCUACCGUUGAAAAGGCAUCAGCCUCCAGUUUUCUACCCCCAGUGAUCUAUUCGGUCCUUAUCAUCUGUCCUCUUGAUCAUGCACGAGAGGCUGUCAGGCAGCAUAUUGAGCAGGUCAUACCUCUCGAGGUUCCUGCAACGUCAACGGCAGUUGCUGACCUAGAAGAUUGGAAAGAUCUGAAGGAAACGAGUAAAUCGGUUACAUUCUCACACAUUGUUCUCGAUUUCCCUGGCGGAGACGAAAUCAUGGAAGCAUUGCAGCACGUGUUGACCUCGGAUAUGAAGACGAAACCAUCAAUAGUCAUCAUCUGCGAUUUAUAUCAGAAGCGCCAGAUGAAUGGCAAAAUUGAAGAAUUGAUAGCGGCUGGCUUCAGGGUUGAUACUGUACCGAAGCCCGUGAAACCAUCGUCGUUUUCUGGAAUUUUUGAUCCGGACAACAGGCGUGAUCUGAGCAAGGACCGAAAUCAGGACAUGGCACGCGAAGUCAAUAACAACUUCAAGACAAUGUCCAAGAUGGUCAAAGAGGUCAUCGGGAAUAAGGGAUACCGUAUCCUACUGGUUGAAGAUGAUGAAACCAACCGUAUGGUGAGUGUUGACCAACUCUUAGCUCAAUUGCACGCAUGUACUAACAUGGACUAG